AUAUUAAAAUAGAAUCUUGAAUUCAUACACAACCCUAAGCUUAGAAAAUCAAGGUUAAUUUCUCACUAUAUAUACCCACACACACCAAAUUCAUUGUUCAUCAAUGUAAUAAAAAGCUUAUAAUAUAUCACAACAUGAGCCCUCUUGUUUUUCUCCUCACACUUGCACUCUCUUUUUCGAGACCAAUCACAGCGUGGCAUUGCAAAGGCUGCAAAGAUGUGUUCGACAAUUUUAGCCAAUGUGCAGGUUUCAUUGAAGGCCAAGGCAUCAAUCCUACUCCAACUUGUUGCCAAAGCAUAAGGAAUUUGAAUGCUAUUGCGAAGCAAGAAAUGGGUGGUUCGAUUAGAAUCUGCAAAUGCAUCGAGUAUUUCGCGACUUAUAAAGCGCGACAUCCGUUCGUCACGUCACGUAUCCACGACUUGCCCCUUAAGUGCAACGAGCGCCUGAGUUUUCCUAUCUCCGAGCACAUGAAUUGCUAUAGGAUCGUUUGAAGUGAUUAAAGAUUAUCCUCUAUCAGUAUUUGGUUAAUCAUUUAAUUAAAAGUAUGUAUACUUAAGUAAAUAUCAACAGUUUGGUAAUAAGGUUGUAACCAUUUGUCGAUAUCGUUUCGAUGUAUAUUGGUGAAAGAUAAAUAAAGAAGUUAUAAUUUAUUUA